AUGGAAAUCCCGAGGCUGCUCCCGGCUCGCGGGAUGCGACAAGGCGGAGGGGCUGGCAGCCCCGAGGGCGGCGGCCGGAUCCGCGGAGGUCCUGACCUGCGGGCCAGUCAGGCCCCGGCGCGCCGCCUCCUGCUGCUCCGGGGCCCCCAAGAUGGCGGGCCCAGGCGGCGGCGUGAGGAGGCCAGCGCGGCUUCUUCGUGCCCAGGCCCGGGCCCGAGCCCGUUGGCGCUGAGGCCCAAUGACGCUAGCGGCUGCGGCAGCGGCGGCGGCAGCAGCGGCGGCGAUGACUUCUUCCUGGUGCUGCUGGACCCGGUGGGUGGAGACGUAGAUACCGCGGGCGCUGGCCAGGCCGCAGGGCCCGUGUGGAGGGAGGAGGCCGGGCUGGGCCCAAGGCUUCUGGGGGGCGAAAGCGGCGCGAACCCCGAGGGCCGCCCUGCGCUGGGCCCCAGCUGCCUGUCGGCUAUCCCCGCUCCAGUCCCGGCCCUGGCCCCGAUCCCCGCUCCAGGCCUGGGCCCUGCCGCGGCCUUCGCAGGCACUGUCACCAUUCACAACCAAAACCUGCUGUUGCGCUUGGAGAACGGCGUCCUCACUCUAGCCACGCCCCCACCGCAGCCCGGGGGUCUGAUAGCCCCGCAAGCUGGGAUCCCGCACGCCGCGCAGCCUGGAGACUGUCCGGAGCUGCCGCCCGACCUCCUGCUGGCGGAGCGGGCAGAACCUGCGCCUGCCCCAGCGCCUGAGGAAGAGGCGGAGGGCCCGGCUGCUCUUGAGAGCCCCCGCGGGCCGUCAGGCCCGGGCCCGGGCGUGUUGCUGUACCUGUGUCCUGAGGUGCAGUGCGGACAAACCUUCGCCAAGAAGCACCAGCUGAAGGUGCACCUGCUGACACACAGCAGCAGCCAGGGCCAGCGGCCCUUCAAGUGCCCCCUGGGUGGUUGCGGGUGGACCUUCACCACCUCCUACAAGCUCAAGAGGCACCUGCAGUCGCACGACAAACUGAGGCCCUUUGGCUGCCCAGCAGAGGGCUGUGGCAAGAGCUUCACCACCGUGUAUAACCUCAAAGCACACAUGAAGGGCCACGAGCAGGAGAACUCAUUCAAAUGUGAGGUGUGUGAGGAGACCUUCCCCACGCAGGCCAAACUCAGCGCCCACCAGCGCAGCCACUUCGAGCCUGAGAGGCCCUACCAGUGUGCGUUUUCCAGCUGCAAGAAGACAUUUAUCACAGUGAGUGCCCUGUUUUCCCAUAACCGCGCCCACUUCAGGGAACAGGAACUCUUUUCCUGUUCCUUUCCCGGCUGCAGUAAACAGUAUGACAAGGCAUGUAGGCUGAAAAUUCACCUUCGGAGCCACACUGGUGAGAGACCGUUCCUUUGUGACUUUGAGGGCUGUGGCUGGAACUUCACUAGCAUGUCCAAACUCCUAAGGCACAAACGGAAGCACGACGACGACAGGAGGUUCAUGUGCCCUGUGGAAGGGUGUGGGAAAUCUUUCACAAGGGCUGAACAUCUGAAGGGCCACAGCAUAACCCACCUGGGCACGAAGCCUUUUGUGUGCCCAGUGGAAGGUUGCUGUGCCAGGUUCUCUGCUCGCAGUAGUCUCUACAUUCACUCCAAGAAACACCUGCAGGAUGUGGACACUUGGAAAAGCCGAUGCCCAGUCGCCACUUGUAAUAAACUCUUCACGUCCAAGCACAGCAUGAAGACCCACAUGUCCAAAAGGCACAACCUGCGCCAGGAUCUCUUAGCUCAGCUGGAAGCUGCAAAUUCUCUUACACCCAGCAGUGAACUUACCAGCCAGGGGCAGAGUGACCUCAGUGAUGCUGAGCUUGUGUCUCUCUUCUCUGAUGUGCCUGGUAAUAGUUCUGCUGCAGUACUGGACACGGCAUUGGUGAACUCUGGGAUCUUGACUAUUGAUGUGGCUUCUGUGAACUCAACUCUGGCAGGAAACCUCCCUGCUAAUAAUAAUAAUUCCUUAGGGCAGGCGGUGGACCCUCAGGCCUUGAUGGCCACCAGUGACCUUCCUCAAAGUUUGGAUACCUCACUCUUCUUUGGAACGACAGCAGCAGGUUUUCAGCAGGGUCCCUUAGAUAUGGAUGAUGUCUCAAGUCUAAGUGCGGGGCCGUUGGCAUCUCUGAGCUCUUUGGCUGUGAAAAACUCGAGUCAAGAGCCCCAAGCUUUGAUCCCUAGCAGUAAGCUAACAGUAGACACAGAUGCUCUGACUCCUUCAAGCACCCUUUGUGAAAACAGUGUCUCAGAACUACUGCCACCAACAAAAACGGAAUGGAAUGUACAUCCGGACUCUGACUUCUUUGCACAGGAGGAAGAAACCCAGUUUGGAUUCUCCAAUCCAGCAGGAAGCCAUGGGUCUCAGAAAGAAACAGAUCUUAUCACAGUGACUGGCAGCUCAUUUUUGGUAUGAACUAAACUCUGUUCAUUCCUUGCCACAUGGGUUACUUUUAUUGGUGACACUCAAUUUUGAGAAUAUUCUGAACUGAAUGCUUAAAUACAGUCAUUUCUUAUAGGUCUGAAGAAGAGCAGAGCCCUGAGCUGCAAGUUUGGAGAUUUAAAUCUUGAUCUUAAGAGUCUGGAACUGGCAGGUUGUGUGACCUUGAACAAGUCACUUAUCCUAUCUGAGCCUUAAUUUCCUUAUUUAUAAGAUGAGGUGGUUUGAAUAGAUUGUUCAUAAGGUCAUUUUAGCUCUAUUUUCUUGAGUUUGUGCUCUUUUGCGAAAAUUUUAGGACUUUUUACAAUGAUUAACAACUGCAUGUGCUGCUAAUAUAAGGAAAAGUGCACUGAGAGUUAAUGAUCUGAGAACAUGGAACUGGUGUUUAACUUUAAAAUUUUAGUGGAAAUUUUUUGCAGUGCCAAAAUCUCUCUAAAAUCUAGUGGUAGUGCUUAAAAAAGAAAGCUGAAAGUCUGGGUUAGCUCUUUUAACAUUUUUAUCUUUCUAGCCUCGUUUCUUUUUUUUUUUUUUUUUUUGAUGGAAAGCUGUGUCGGCGACAGUGCCAAGUGUUUGAUAUGACUCAGAGUCAGAAAUAUUGACUUUGUGGUGUUGAAAAAGUGGCCUUAAAUAAGUCAUUUUCUCUUACUAACCCUUAUUUCCGUAGGUGUCAUGACUUCAUUGUAAUUUACACAUACCUGAUGCAUUGUAGACUUCCUUUUCUAUCCUAUUAGUUAGGUUUGGAGGGAAAAUGUUUUGUACUUUGGCAUGCUUUAGUGAAAUUUUAUGACCUUUUCUGCCCUCUCAUUCCCUUCUUCAAAGAGAAACAAUUAGCAUAAUUUAACAUCAUGUUGUGCAGACAAUAAUGCUUGAUGCAGGUUAACAAACAGAAAAGGGAAUCUCUGUCUCCCACAGAUUAAGGAAUUUUUACCACACAAUUCUGUGACUUUGCCAACCUGUUCAUUAGACCAGGACAGUGUUUUUGUUCUGCCUUCAAAGCUGUCUUGUAGAGUGACGGGAGAGCCUGUGGUUCCAAGAAAAUCUGGAAAUGGACCGGAGUAAGAUUUUCUUCCCUCUGUGCUCCAGAGAGUUCACUGUUUGCCUUCUUCCAGAGUUGGAAUGAGAGAUUUACUUUGCAUUUUGAGUAAAUAUUAGGUCUUACCUGAGCAUAGCAUUUUAUAGUUUAUGUAGCACUUUCACAACUGUUAUAUUUGAUCCUCAUGAUAUUUUGAGAUAAUUGUGGCAAAGUUGCAACUAUAAGUCAUAUUAAUAUUUACCUAACUUGUGUCUGCGUUUGUGUGUGUGUGUGUGUGUGUGUGUGUGUGUGUAUGCACAUCAACUUUCAUUCUACUCUUCAGAGUUUCAUGGUAACUUUUGUUUAUAACCACUUGUUCUGUUCCACCAUAAUUGAUGUCUGUUACCUUCUGCCAGCUCUGCCCCCUCUCUAAACUAUUCCCUCACAUGUGCAUUACAUUCCUUGCCAUGAUCUCUGUUUUUUUAAUUAGGUAAGUUUUUUUCAUGGUCACCAUCUCUCAACCGUUGAGGACAUGGCCCAUUUUUCAGUCCCAAUAUUUACUGCAAGUCUGAAUUAAGAAAUUAUUUUCUGGAAUUAGAGGUCAGAGUGUUUGUAUAUGAAUCAAAUAAUAGUGAACAUAUUUUAUGUAAGGUUUUAGUGAGACAUGUAGUUUUUUAUUUUUCUAAUUUUUUUUUUUUUUACUAUGUAAUUCUGCUAGCAAACACUAUUGCUCUGAAGCAUUCUAAUCCAGUACUGUUUGUAUGUACGUUUGUCGAUAACAAUUAUCGUAGCACUUUGGCAGUGCACUUUAUAAUUUGCCAUCUUGAAAUGCAUCUGUACUGUCUAAUUUUUAAAUUGGUUGUACUCACUCAGUGAAAAAGCAAAAAGUAUACAUCAGUUUGUAAUCCAAAGAAAUGGUCAGAGUGUAAUUGUUUCUAACCGUUUAACAGUUCUCCCUCAGCACUUUCAAAAUAUUUUAAGCCCAUUUUAGAAAUGUGUUGUCAUCACUUAAGUCCAAGAGGAAGGUCUUAAGCAUCUGUUAAUAUAUAUAACCAUAAAGAUAUUUUAAAAUCCUGUCAUUUUGUUUCUUUUAUCCCUCAUUAAAAAUGAUCUUAAAAUA